GUCUUCCUUGUAGAACCGCAGAAUACAAUUCUCAUUCCUCACGCACCAACAACUGAACAACCCGCACUGUUGUCGUGUUAUUGUGAGGCUUUAGUUACAGCUGUAGGGCCUAUAGUUACCUCUGGUGGUGUGGUAGUCACUACAAGAUGGUGUUUAACGUCGAGGAUUCAACGGUUGACCAACAGGUGGUGAACAGACUUUCAGAACCGACCGUAAUCGAUCUGCUUCACGUGAAUUCUUCAAUGGGAACUCCUGCUUCCAAUGGCUACUUGGACAAGAAAAGGGGAGAUGACAAGGGCAAUAACCCAGAUAUUGAAGGGGCAGGGGAGAUAAAUCCAGCGUCCAUCAAACACCAUGUGAAACAAUGUUGCCAGGAGACGUUUACCUUGGAGAAUGUACUCAACAAGUUUCCCAUAGUCAAAUGGUUGCCCAAAUACAGGUGCAACACAUUCCAGUGUGAUCUGAUUGCUGGGCUGACAGUGGGGCUGACGGUGAUACCCCAGGGGCUGGCGUAUGCUCAGGUGGCCAACCUGCCCCCACAGUAUGGGCUGUACUCAGCCUUUGUUGGCUGCUUUGUCUACUGUUUCCUGGGCACCUCCAAGGACAUCACCCUGGGGCCAACGGCCAUCUUGUCCCUGAUGACCGCCACCUUCGGGACAGCCGUGUCCCCUGACCUGCCUGGAGGGGGGAAGGACCCCACGAUGACCAUUGUGCUGACCCUCAUAUCAGGAAUCAUCCAGCUAGUCAUGGGCAUUUUAAAACUAGGUAUCCUAGUCAACUUUAUAUCAUAUCCUGUCAUUAAUGCUUUCACCUCUGCUGCUGCCAUCACCAUAGGUUUUGGACAGGUCAAGAACAUCCUAGGGUUGAAGCACAUACCUGACAACUUUCUAGAGAUGGUUUACUACACCUUCAAGAAGAUUCCAGAAACAAAGAUCUGGGACAUGACGAUGGGUCUGGUGUCGCUGGUCGUUGUGAUCCUAAUGAAGAAGAUGCGGGAAAUCAAAUGGGCAGACGCUAACGACCCUGACAGAUCAAUCUCUAUACCUAAGUUGAUAUUCAGAAAAGCUUUGUGGAUCAUUGGCACAGCCUCCAAUGCGAUCGUGGUAAUCUCGGCUGCUGGGAUUGUGGCUAUCUUAGAGAGUCAGGGGGUGGCUAAUGGCACCAUCAGCAUCACUGGACACAUCAAGCCUGGCAUGCCCACUGUGUCCUUCCCCAAGUUUGAGAUUGACAAUGGCAACGUCACCAUGUCUGCCGCAGAUAUUUUCUCUAAACUUGGCUCUGGACUGGGAAUUGUUCCUCUGCUGGCUUUAGUAGAAACCAUGGCCAUUGGAAAAGCUUUUGCCAGAGCCAACAACUACAAGAUUGACCCCACCCAGGAGCUCCUGGCCAUUGGUGCAUCAAACAUCAUCAGCUCAUUCUUCCAGUCCUAUCCCAUCACAGGUAGUUUUUCUAGAACUGCCGUCAACUCCCAGAGUGGUGUGAAGACUCCCAUGGGCGGGAUAUGGACUGGCGGGCUGGUGAUCCUGGCCCUGUGUGUACUGACCCCAUGGUUUUACUACAUCCCAAAGUCAGCUCUCGCAGCUGUUAUCAUCGCAGCCGUGGUACCAAUGGUGGAGUAUCACAUGGUGAGGAAGCUGUGGAGAGCUAACAAAUGGGACUUGGUGCCAUAUACCAUCACUUUUAUCUGCUCCUUGCUGGUGGGGAUUGAGUAUGGUAUUUUAAUUGGGAUUGGAGUCUCGCUGUUCAUGCUUCUCUACCCUACAGCUCGUCCUAAGGUCAAGUACACAUCUAGGCAAGGUUACCUCAUAGUUACACCUAUGCAAGGCCUCAACUUUCCAGGUGCUGAGUUCUUGGAGAUCCAGAUUUUUGAGAAAGCUGUAGAAAGUUCAAAACCUAAAAUCAUCAUCUUCAACAUGGAGCACCUGACUGACCUUGACUUUACAGCUGUCCAGUCACUCAAAACUCUGACCACAGAUUGUGAGCGCCACGCCAUGAAGCUGAUUCUAGCCAAUGGGCAGCCACAAGUAAAUAGUCAAGUUCAAGCAGCCGCCAUUAAAAACCUGACAUUAGUGAACACAGUAAGGGAGGCAAUGGAUGAAAACUGUUUGCAAGAUGGAAAUACACCUGCUGUGAUUGGGAAUGAUGAGGAACCAUACAUGAGCCAUCUUUGAACUAUACGUGAGCCAUCUUUUAACCAUACAUGAGCCAUCUCUGAACCAUACAUGAGCCAUCUCUGAACCAUACAUGAGCCAUCUGUGAAACAUGCGUGAGCCAUCUUUGAACUAUACUGAGCCAUAUUUGAACCACUUGUGAAUUAUCUAGGCUAUGAGUUUUCACCUGAAUGAAUAUUCUUUUAGCCACUUCUCAGUCUUUUGCCACUCAUGGCUCAGUCAUAUCUGAGAAAUGGCUCAGUCAUGUGUGAGUCAUGG